UACUGACCCCGCGGAGGGACAUGAGUGGCGAGGUUGAUAAACAUGGCGGAGGAUGGAGAGUCCGACUGGGUCCGACUGAAUGUGGGUGGGACGAUGUUUGAGACCACCCGCACCACCCUGGCUCGUCUCAAGAGCCAGUUCCUCGACAGACUCCUUGCCGAAGACUCUGGCUUCUCCAGGCCUGCUGACGGUGUCUACAAGAUCGACAGAGACCCAGAGGUUUUCAGAGUUCUACUUAAUUUUGGCAGACACGGACAGCUUCUACUGAACUCUCACGUGACGGCCGCCAUGUUGGAAGCGGAUGCUGACUUCUACAUCCUUGGACAGCACGUUCGCCUGGCCAUAGACGCACUGUCAGAGGACUCCGGCGCUGACAGCGCACAGAAGUACUUUGAAGCAAAGAAGGCCAUGCGGAAAAGAAACCACCCUCUGACACCCUCAUCUGUCAAGCAUUAAUGUUAAUUAUGAAAUACAUAAAUUAAUGUUGAAUUUGUAGAUACCAUUUAUGUCAUAACUUGAUAACAUUCAACACAGGUAUUCCUGUCUAGACUAUUUCACAAUAUCCAACAGGCAUCUGCUUGUAUCUCAGGCUUCCAUAGAAUAUUCUGAAGGUGCUUAAUAUGCGCCUCUGUUGAAAAUUUGAAUAGCUGAUUCCAUUGUUGACAUUUAUGUCCUUACCAUUUUCUUCUUUAGGGGCACCAAAUCUUCUCAACUACUGCUACAUUUUCCCCUGAAAUGUAUGUUUUCUUUCCUUCUCUGUAUGUAUCCAUCCACGUUGUGGUACAUGUCUUUUGUAUGUCUUUGUAAUGUUUAUUGAAAUGAAAUAAAGAAAUUUAAAAAAAAUGUUUUCUCAGGUGACGUAAAGGGAAUCCAACACGUAUUAUGCAUCAUUCUUGGUCCAAGCCUGACCAUGGACACUGUACUUUAUUCUUUGUGACCAUCUACCUGAAGCUAUUAUCAACACAAAUGUAAAGACAAAAUCAUAAGGAGAUAACAUAUUUUGUACUCAUGUUUUUAACAGCUAACACUCCAAACUUUAUGUACAAAUAAAGUGAGGGAAUUAUAUGACAAACCACGUCA